AUGGCUGAAACAACGAAGAAACGACCCAUCAUAGCAGGGCGAGAAAAAGGACCAGGACCUGCCCGCUAUGCCCUCCCUCCCACCAUUGGAUUCAUGCGUCAUGACUUAACCAAGCCCAUGAGCCCAGCGUUUACCUUCCACAGCAAGAUGAGUGAUAACCUCUACAGCAUAGACUCCAGCCCAGGGCCUCAGUAUUUUGUCGAUGCAAAGAUCACUCGCUUUGGGAGAGAUGGCACCCCUGCAUACUCUAUGCUGGGCAGGAUGAGAAAGACUGUGGGGGUUUUCCAGACUCCAGGCCCAGGAGCGUACAGCCCAGAAAAAGCCCUUCCCAGCAGCACCAAGCGAAGGCCCCCUUCCUACACAAUAGGAGCACGCACUCUCUACCGUUCACUCGACAUGGUCCCAGCCCCAAAUAAGUACACUCUGCCAGCUGUCAUGGGCGCUCAUGUGUUCACUAAGCCUACCAGUGCCAGCUACUCCAUCUCUGGCCGCUGCCAAUCAGAGGACCUGUCGAAGACACCUGGCCCCAGCCGGUACAACAGCACAGACCCCAGCAUCUACCUGCCCAGGCAGCCAGCCUUCUCCAUGCUGGGCCGCCACGGCCUCCCGGCUGACUCCACGCAGAAGCCUGGCCCUGGAAGUCAUAACCCAGAGAAGGUGACGGCCCACAAGCCCAGGGCUCCUGCCUUCUCUCUAGGCAUUCGCCACUCUGAGUUCGUCACUCCCCUGGUGGUGGAUGUAUUGGACUGACAUCUCUUUCUGAUGUUGGAUGAAAAGUGAGUGUAACACAUAACAGGUCCACCCCUUUACAUGGUGCAGGAAAGUUUAAAUGAAACAUGAUAUGAGCCAGACAUUUUCAGAACACAAAUUGUGACUGAGGUAUUCUCAUGACAUUAUCAUGAAUACUAUAAUGUCAAGUAAUGCAUUUGUUGUUUUUGAUUCAAGAUGGUUCUGCAGUUUCCAUUGUGCAUUGUCAUUACCGAUUAAAGAUGAUGGAAGUUAAAUUACCUUUGAGGCAGGCAGCAUUAUGUGAUUUCUGAUCCCUCAUACAUUUUUAUUUUGGGCAUUUCACAAUGCAUAAAAAAAUCUAUCAUUAUAAUGAACACAAACACA